GCUUAAAAAAGAAUAAUAAAAGCACUGCCUCAGUGAGCCGCCAGGGGGCGCGACUCGUUUCCCACCCGUCACAACAAUUUACCAAAAAUAAAAGUAUGCGAGAGAGGCGUGUAGAGUUCUUCUCGAUUUGUUAGCCAGUGUGGCUAAACAGCUGUUAGCGCACUCAUCAUGGAGGAUGAAGACGUGUUCGAUAACUGGGAAGAAGCAGCGGAUAGCGGAGAAAUCGAGAGGCGACUCGAAGCCAAGCUGAAAAUCAGUCAGAAAUCUGAAAGUGUUCCUGUGAAGACGGGCGUGGUGAUUCAGGACGAGUCCCUGCCCGCGGCUCCUCCUCCUCAGAUCCGUAUCCUGAAGCGUCCUCCCAGUAACGGUGUCCUGAACACUCAGGGUACGAGCGCUCGACCCGCACAGCAACCCAAAUCUCUGAAACAGAGAGAGGCCGAGUACGCCGAGGCCAGGAGGAGGAUUCUGGGGAGCGCUAGUGCUGAAGAACCUGAGCGGGAAAGAGAAGACUCGGACAGAUCAGUGUCGGAGUUGCUCCAGUCGAACAGUAACGUUAUUCGGCAGCCCCGGGGGCCGGAUGGCACGGCAGGGUUCCGCCUCAGCAGAUAGACAGUGAGCACUGGGGACGUAAAGAAAACGAGAGUCGCUUCAGUCAAGAUCGCUCGUCCGUCUCCUCCUCAGUCUAAGUGAGGGAGGACGUAAUGACCGUGUGAUCACUGUUUAGGUGUGUCCACUGUGAGUCUCUCAGUAAUGCUCACCAGGGUCCAGGCAGGAAUCACUGCGGUGUUCCAGUACGGUUCAAAGUGCCCUUGUCGACUUCCCCUGACGACUCAGACGUGCGCGAACCAGCGGUGCAGCUGAGUGUCCUCCUUUAAACUCUCGACAGUCAUAUCGUCUCACGACCUGGCUGGAUGACUCGCAUGUUAAACGCCUAGUGUGUACAAUAUGAGCUAAUUGAAAGUAUUUUUUUUUUUUUUAAACGUGUGGUAAUUUUGUUUGAGAAUUUUUACAACACAAUUGGCUGUUUUUUCCCUUUUUCAAAAGGCCGCAAUGCCUUCUGGGAAGUUUCAGCUCCUAAUGCGUACUCUUGAUGUCAUCUCGGCCUCCAAAGGGUCAUCCAGCGAAGUUCAGUUGAGCUGAUGAUUUGACGAACCGGGGAGAGGGGGUGUGGACAAGGGCGCAUGAACACCCUUCUGAGCUCCAGAAGUUUCCGGGGGGGGAAAUAAACCUGUCCCUUUAUGAUAUGUUUCACUGACAAUACAGUAAUGAUCAUGUUGAACAGAGGGUCUUUUUAAACAAACGUUUGUCCAAAGAUGAAAUGUCCACAAAACAUUCGACCAUGCCAAACUGUGUGAGGAAGAAAGAUGGAAGUUUGGCUGUUUGACCCACAGGUUUAGUGCCUCAUGCUCAACUGGAAGCCAUGUACAGUCCUUCCAGUACCUGUUCGUGACAUUAGCCUCUGAAAAAAGCAAAGAGACUUCAUCGGUUAAAUCCGAGGGAAGGGAGACGUUGUGGACGUUUCAUUUUUACCUGAAUGUUGAUGGCUGGUGAAAUAAUGCAGUAAUACUUACACAGCAAUAAUGUAAACUGGGCAGGGGGUCGGGAAUACAGCUGGAAAACUGUCACCUUAUUCUGUGCCUAUUUUUGUUUGAAGUAUUUUUUCUUUUAAGUAAACGUGAGUGAGAGAAAACGGAUUUGCUCCUGUGCUCGUUGCAAUCUGAUUAAACAGCGCAGUUCAGCAUCUGCACUCUUAAUGACUGAAGAUGGAAGUGAUUGGUUUUAUUCCAGUCUGUUUUAGUCACAACGGAAGUCAUUUGUUUAAAAAAAACAAACAAAAAGAAAACCUUGUGGGAUGAGUGUGGAUGUGUUUAUGGAGAGGUUCCACAGAGGCAACACACUUCUGUGGAAAUGUUCCGUGGCGUUUCAGUUGGUCAGACGGCAUCUUUUCUGAUUGAAACGUCUGAUGGAAACGCUGAUGUUCUGGAUGGUUCUCUGUCGGUUCUGCUGUCACUGUGUCUUUACUCUGUCUGUCUCGAAACCAAACAGCUCCCUGCUCACUUGGUUAAUUGUUCGCUUUAGUCGUAAAUCACGACAAUCAGAAGGAGUUGUUUAAAUAAAAUAGAAAUUGUGAGUUUGACCAAAAGCAGGUGAUAAUCUAGUAAUAACACGAGACGUGACUCGAGUGUUCCGUCAUUAAGGACAGAGUUAAAGGCUUGUUUUUAAGCUGCUUAUUCUGGCUUAGUGAUUUCAGACAGUAUCCUUUCACUUCUGCCUUCUUUUCUUUCUCCAUCGAGUGUUUAUGGUUAUUACGACACGAAGCAGAUCUAAACCAGCCCUGGGGUUGAAAUCUCAGACAGGUUUCUUGCAACAGCCCUUUAACUAAAAUAAACUCCAGUCAGAUUCCUCAGAACAGAUUUAUUUUCUGAACGUAAUCCAACUCAUGUUUCAAUGUUUCAAGCUCGUUAUUUAAACGUGUGUGGUGAAAAAGUAUUUGUCUGUUUAUUUGAGUUGUAGAGCUUUUUAUUCCUGAUCUUUCUGCAGCCAGACCAUGGUUUGGCUAAUUCGCUAUGAUUUCUCAGCCUUGAUCUUGUUUUUGAAGUGUCAUGGUUUGAAUUAAAUCCAUCUCAUUGCUCUGGGAAUGGCACAGUUUCAUUUCUUGCACUGUAAAAAAAAAAAAUCCCAAACCCUGUGCUGUUUUCCAGACCCCCUUUUUUUUUUUUUUUUGAUGAAAGUCUCCUUAAAGUAAAUGCCACUUGUUAUUUUUAUCUACUGCCUCAUGAGACUCGCCUUUGAGCCCGGAUUAAUCCUGCUUAUAGACAAGAGUUUCACUUCCUGUACUCAGAGACAGGUGUUUGUCUGCACACAGGAAGUUGUCACUGCAUAAAUCUUCACAAGCCUCUUUUUCACUUCUCUUUAACUGACCUGAGACUUGACCCAAACAGAUCAUGUAUUAAAUAUUGUUUUCCACUCAGUUUCCACUCACUUUUUUUUUUUUUUUGUCUUAUAGGUUUUUGUUUUUGAUCUCUGAUGCGUUCACGCAUUCAAAAGUCACUGAAUCCUCAUUGAACACUCGUGAUCCAGAUUCAGACCCACUGAACAAACUGUCUGGCCAAGCGUGAAAUGUACACAGUUGUGCAUGUAGCUGUGUUGAGCCAGACGAGGAGGGGAGAGUGCAGACUUCUCACACCAGACCGGUCACAUAUCAUCAUCAACUACAUUCAUUUAGGGUCAGGAGGAAAUUGUGAAUUUUUUUUGCAAAAUGACCUGAAAUAUAAAGUUCUCCUCCUCCUCCUAUCUGAUCCCAAUCCUUAUGCUCUCUAAAAUGUGGGGUUUUUUUUUUUUAACUAAAGUUUUCCUCGUCAUCUUAAAAUGUCCACUCGUAAUAGAGUAAAAGAAGUGACUGGACUUUCUCACCUUUAUGUUUCUCUGUUCUCAGUAAAAGAAGGGCCGUUGUAGAGAAUAGAAAUCUGUUCCAGAUUCUAACAGGAGUGGAGUCACGCUGAGUUGGUUCUCGUACUCCUAAAGAUAUCAGACCACGUUUUUGAGUCCUGGCAGGGAUUCCUCUGACUGACAGAAAAUGUAUUUUCAUAGAACUAAAUACAAAGCAUCUUCAGCAUAACAAUCACUGCUUGCACACAAAGACCAAAUCUAGAACCCUGACAUGUUCUCCAGUUACCACGCUGACAGAUUUAAUGGCGAACAGAAAGAGUUCUGAAGAACCCGUUUUUAAUAAGCUGAGAACCCUAACCUUGACUGAAGAACCCUGUAUGUGACUGAUUUUGAUAUUUGAUCCCGUUGUGGUGGGGGUGGGUCAGGAGCUGAUUCCCAUCUCUAAUCAGGACAAACUGUAAAUUAUUGUGACUCAGGAGUGUUCGUGAGGAUUCAUAAACAAUAAUUACGUCCUUCAUGAGGAUUUGGGCUUCAGUCGAAGUGUUUUUUCCCCACAGUUCUUUGCCUUGUUUAGUGUGUUGUCUGAUGUCAUUUUUUUUUUCUCUGAUUCUUUCUCUGCACUGAGGUUUACCAACUCCAUCUGUCUGCUCAGAAAUAAACUUUAUUCUGGAGGAUUAA